AUGCUCGACGAGAAUGCUACAACAAUUGUACCGGCGGUGUCACCACUACUCCAAAAGUGCUUCGACGAGUCCUACCUGUUGUUGAUGCCGGACAUCGAGAAACGAAUUAAUAAUUACAUCUUCCCAAUCCAAUUCAUGAUCACAGUCGUCGGAAACCUCCUCACAAUGACAGUUCUUCUAAGCGGACACAUCAAAAACCGAGCCAACCAUCUGCUCACAUGUCUCGCCCUCUGUGACAUGUUUGUGUUUUUCAUGAUGAUACCUCAUUACCUCGCCUCACUCGAUAUCUUCUCUCGUUCACCAACAUUCCGUCUGUUUCAUUUCCACUCGAAACCCAAUUUCGGAGCAUUGAGCAACUGGUUUUCAGCAGCCGCUAUUUGGUUUGUUCUGGCAGUGUCAUUGGAGCGACUUCUGAUCAUCAAGUUUCCUUUCCGAUCAUUGGAUGUUCAUAAUGGUAAACAAAUAAUGAUAGUAUCCGUAGGGAUUAUGGUGUCCACCCUGAUCCUAACCAGCUAUCACCACAUAUCCCAUACCUGUGUUAGCUUCAUCGCUUGUCAUGGUACUCAGAUACUUGGGAAGUGUUAUGCCAAUACUGAUGAGAUGCAUGGAAAGAAACUGAAUCCGACGUCUGCCUUCACUAAACAAUAUCUUCACACUUCAGUCUACGCCAACGCCAUCUUAGCUGUGCUCCUACCGAUUUUUGCUGUUGCAGUGUUGAACAUCUCGCUUAUCCGAUUAGUGAAGAGGAGGCAUUCUGAGGAACUGCUCGUCCGCAACGCAGCGGGACCAUCGAGCAUGGCGGAGCAGGAGAAGAAAAUGACACAUACGGUGUUGGCAAUCGUGUCUUGUUUCACAUUGACACAAGGACCAUCGGCCUUGGUUUUUAUAUAUCAGAAAUUGUUUCUGUUCAAUCAAUACACUAUCUACAUCUCUGUAGUUGCAAAUCAACUUGUCCUAACUGGCAAAAUGCUGAACGUAGUACUGUUCUGUCUAACAUCUGAAACAUUCCGUCGUCGCCUGUGGCAGACGUGUCGAUUCUGGUGCCAACUCAUCUUUCUAGCCGGUCGCAGCAAAACGUCGAGGUCGAACUUCACGCGUUCAAAGUCGGUCAUCACUCAAAAAACGUCAAUUGUCUACUCUCCAUGUUCCCGAAACUUCUCUACAUCCCGAAAGAUCAGUAGUUCAAGUGUGACAGCGCCGAGAGGUGGAGCCCCGCUAAUAUCCAACCCAUCGACCGAUAGUUUUCCGACACCGCCGGCCAGUACGACGAGGACAACUCAAGUUUAA